AUGCGGGAGUACAAGUUGGUUGUUCUGGGUAGUGGGGGUGUUGGUAAAAGUGCUUUGACUGUCCAGUUUGUGCAGGGGAUAUUUGUAGAGAAGUAUGACCCAACAAUAGAAGACAGUUACAGAAAACAAGUGGAGGUGGAUGGGCAGCAGUGCAUGUUGGAGAUUCUGGAUACAGCUGGAACUGAACAAUUCACAGCCAUGAGAGACCUGUACAUGAAGAACGGGCAAGGCUUUCUCUUAGUCUACUCCAUCACAGCACAGUCCACUUUCAAUGAUCUGCAGGACCUGCGGGAGCAGAUCCUCAGGGUCAAGGAUACUGAUGAUGUACCAAUGCUGUUGGUGGGCAACAAGUGUGACCUGGAGGAUGAGAGGGUGGUAGGCAAGGACCAGGGUCAGAACCUGGCCCGCCAGUUCCAGUGUGCUUUCCUAGAGACAUCAGCCAAGAUGAAGAUCAAUGUUUUAGAGAUAUUCUACGACUUAGUACGACAGAUAAACAAGAAAAACCCUGGACCUGGCAGACAGAAGAAGAAAAAGGGGGGAUGUGCUUUACUUUGA